GUGAGUGCAUGAUAUCGAAGCGGCGCUACACCCUGACGAGACAUCCCGCGACGUGACCCGCCACCCGAUAGCUGACCAACUUUUCCGCGUGCUUCCUUACACUAGGCCAUGAAAGCUACCACCGGAUUCCUCACGAGCUUCAUUCCUGGAAAGAAGUCGUCGGCGCCACCAACUCCGACAAAUUCAAGUGCCGCCGCUCAUACAAGCGAUCUUCCUUCGUCCUCCACGGGCAAUCCGUUUGCUGUGCCGUCAACCGCGUCAACAGACCCUCCAGUGACGAACCCGAUCGAAAUCCGUUCGACCAACCCAUUUGCAUCGACGAUUCCAUCCCAUUCAGCUGCCAACUCGACACCUCGAACGCAGUCGGGGCACACGUCCAAUCACUCGUCAACGUCGUCACCAUCCAACCCAUUUGCCACUCCGUCAUCUUCUUCCAAGAGCUUAUCGAUCGAUCCGACCGCGCGCGCGCCACCCCAACCCAUCCGAUCUACGGACUCGAGCUCAUGCACGGGCAGUCACAGCAGCAACAGCUUUUCAAAAUCGUCCAAGCCUCCAACGGGGUCAUCGGCUACACCCACAUCGUCCAGCAUGCGUGGGAUGAUGUCGUCGGCAUCCACAUUUGCUUCGUCGAUGCUUCCCUCGACGCCGUCGUCUGUGUCCAAGAUGACUUCUGCGUUCACCUCCACGUCAGCGUCUGUCAUCAUGGCCCCUGUCAAGGGCAUAGGUGCCAUGACAUCGGCAGCAGGCUCCGUCGUCGGUUCGGCGAUGGCCCCCGUCGGCAAAGGGCUCGGGGUCAUGACAUCGGCGGCUGGGUCGGCUGUGUCGUCGGCGGCGGACAUGCUCAUGCCAACAGACUUCCCCAAGCUGUUUGCAACGUCAAGAGCAGAUAUUUCAGGUUUUUACAACCCCGAUAUGGACAACAACUCGACGAUGGACGUGUCGGAGGAAGCCAGAGAGUUCCUCGCCGUCUCGGGCCACAAUCUGCACUCUGUUUUGUCAAAUCCGCGUGGAGGAAACUGGGGUGACGCGCUCUUGGACGCCCUUACGCUGCCUGGCGAGACCGAGGCGGUGCUGUCUGCGAUGCUGACGCUUCCCAGCAUUAGCCGCCGCGACUUUGACGGAUACAUGAAGAAUUUUAGCGAGUCGAGCGCCGUCUACGCCAAGAACCACGAGAUUCCAGUCCAAGAACAGCUCGCCUCUGCCAAUGUCCCCACCGUUCAAGCCGCCAACGAGGACGUGGCGCUGUGCUUUCAGGCCGUGCCAAGUCUCUACUUCAAAUCGGACUACGAGUUCAGCGACCCCACCACCUUUGAUGCGGUCCUCGGGACGGAUUCAAUCCAGGCAUCGCAGGAACAGUUGUCGGGGUACUUGGACCGCGUCGAAGUGAGUUUACUUCGGCAAGUGUCGUCCCGGUCCGAUCGAUUCUUCGAAGCGUCGACCAGCCAAGGGGACAUGAAGAAGCGCGUGAUGCAAGCCUGCGAUCAAGUCCGCCACUUGCGGACUACAAUGGACCGGUUGCGCAACUCGUUGGCGGACAAAUCGCUGGCGAUCUUGCAACUCCACCGCAAGCAAAAACGGCUGGUUGAGCUGCACGAGCUGAUGGUGCAAAUCGAAGAAAUGAAACACACCGAGAGCAGCGUCGAAGCGCUCGUCCAUGGUCACGAUUACACGGGUGCGCUGGACGCAAUCGACAUGGCACUGAAAACCAUCCAGCAAAUGGCUGGCAUCCACUGCGUGCGUCCGCUCGGGGACAAACUCCAGGCGUACCGCAGCUUCAUUGGGGUCCAAAUGGCCACCCGGUUCACUACUGUCGUGACGUCGUCCGAAUGGCCAUUUGAACCGGUGCCGCCGCCAACAAACCCGCUCGCACUCCAGAGUCUGCAGCUCAAGCAGAAAGAAAUGACUGAAGAGAUGAAGCAGCUCAUGGACGCACUCUUCCGCCUUGACUUGGUACCAGACGUGAUGGGCAAGUACAGAACCCGCAUGACGGAGGAAAUCAAGAUCGUCGUCAAGACUGUUGUCAGCGAAACGAUUGCGUCGUCCAGUGCGGCCACCAACUCUCCCGACAAAGGCGAUGCUGCAACAGCGCUCGAUGUGACAUCACAGCUCCGCGCCCUCAGCUCGGAAGAGUUUCUCAACUGCGUUCAAAUGAUCUUUGAGCAUUUGCUCAUGGUACUUCAGCGUGCCAUGUCGGUUCAGACCAUGCUCGCCGAGAUGUAUCAAAUUCCAGUCACCGUUGCCGACGACAGCAAUGCCGAGCCACACGCCAGCGGUACCUCCGACGGCGAGUGGUCGCCCGACAAUACUACUGGAGCAAGCGCCGUGGGACUCGGCGAUGCCAGCUCGGCCGACCACCUCGGCGAGUGGCAAGAAAAAAAGAAGGCGUCGAAAAUCCUCCAAGACGUUCAAGAUGCUAUUCGCAAGACGUGCGAGUUUUCACAGCGCAGUGUGUCCAACUUGUUUGGCGUGCGAAAGGAAGUCCAGGCAAACUACACCAUGCCCCAGCUCCGGUCGUUGUACGACGCCACGAUGGCCUUUGUCGUCCAGCUCGAACAGUCCACGGGAAAAACGGACUACACGCUGCGAGGUGCGCUCUUCAACCAGCUCAAACUGUUUUUGGAGAAGUACCACCAAGCCCAAGCGACCAAGCUCGUGUCGACGCUCAACCAUGAAUUGUGGAAAAAUGCCGAAAUUUCAGCAUUUCGUCACGUAGCGCUCGUCGACUUGGCGACGGGCAAGGGUGUGUCGCUCGUCCUAUCCCACGAUCAAAGCGUUGGAGCCGAGAUGGCCGCCCCGCUGAAGCAACUCACGCUCCCAACGGCGUCGUUUCGAGUCGUGUGGUCGGUGCUGUUUGCGAUGGAGAUCGUGAUGAACUACCUCAGCUUGGCGGUGAAUUUUCCAGUCCUGGCCACCGACGUCUUGCAGCGCACAACCGAGAUUCUCCGGCUGUACAAUUCGCGAACGACACAGUUGGUGCUUGGCGCAGGCGCGAUGCAAGUGGCACAUCUCAAGAGCAUUUCGGCCAAGCAUUUGGGGCUGGCGUCGCAGUCGCUGGAAGUGAUCGUCGCGUUCAUUCCCCACAUCAAAUUUCAGCUGGCGGCGUUGCUGACCCAGCGCCAGAAACUGCUCCUGGACGAGCUCGACAAGGUCCUCCAAGACUACGUCGAGCACAACGACAAGAUUUUUGGCAAGUUUAUCAGUAUCGUGGAAGAUCAAAUCAUGAAAAAGUUUCUCGAGCAUAUCGACCAGGACGUGGAUUACGACGACGGCAACCUUGUGCUCCCUAGCGCCCCGCUCAAAGGCAUUGCGCAGAACACAGUCAAGCUGUACCAGGUUCUCAGCCCAGUGCUCCCGCCCCUACAGAUGCAAGCCGUGUUUUCUCGUGUGUUUGACAUGCUCGAACACAAGAUGCCCGCGUGUUUCAAAGCCGUCCAACCCAAGACUGCCGCGGGCAAGCAGCGCGUGGUCGCCGAUGUCGUGGCGUUUGUCGAUUGCUUCAAGGAACUCCACGGCGCUGUCGACGUCCGAGGAGACCAGCUAGUGGCACAUUUCCGAUCGAGUUACACCUAAAAUGCACCUGGAUUUGCAUUCGAGA